CGCUGAGCUGCAUUUCUUUUUCUUUUCUCAUAGGAAACGAAGCAGACACUGCUUUUGCUUAACAUUGCUGCAACAUGAGCGUCAGUUCGUUGUCUUCGUGCGCGCACGCCCAUGCGAGCCUUGCCAUGGGCCGCUAGCACUAGCUCCUGAAUGAGUGCCACGACGCAGAAGAUGCCUUCGCUCCUCCGCUAUUUCGUCCACCUCGCCGUGCGCAGCCUGCUGUACCACAUGUUACGGCUUGUGCGAAAGGUCGCCGCCGCUACUGCUGCCACGAUUUGUUUGCACCACGACUGGAGGACGGCACGACGAGGCUUCAGUUUGUUCAACUGGCCACUCGGCCCCGCGCUGCUCUUCGUGGGACGGUACCGGCUGGCCGUGGCUUCACCAAAUACGGGACAGGAUCAUGAUGUUGAAUCAGGAGCGGAAGCCACUCUGCUGGACGAGGAUGUUCUUGGGGCCACUACCACUGAUGACGGCGACAACUUGCAGGAGCUGGAUAUCGUGACAAGGAGCCUUGCAGAUGCGAGCGAAACGGAUGAUCAGUCAUCCCCUGGUACUACUGCGGGGAUAAUAGCCCAACGACCAUCUCUCCAAGCUACCAAGUGGUUUCUCGCGGAGUUUCCGGAGCACAUGCAGUCGAUUCGCAACAUCCCGCUCCCGUGCGAGUACUUUGGGCACAUGUACAGUUUCGAGGUCAGUUUCGCCCAGUUUCUCCGCGACAACAGCGAGCAAUUUGUGGUUUCCGACCCGCUCCAAGCGGACUUCAUCCUCCUCCCCCACUGCAUCACGAUGGUGUACCACGCGCUGCGCUACCAGCUGGGGUUCAAUACGAGGCGGAAAACCUGGGAGGCCCUGGACCUGUCGCAGCGGGUAUCAAGAUGAAAAAUCCCCCCUCCCCAUACUAAAACGGAGAUUUGUGUAGCAUGAGUUGCUACCGCAAAUCAUGUCGUCAUGCUAGAAGGCCGAAGAUGCGGACUGUAGUGCUGGAAGGCUUGGGAAAGCCUUGCAUCUUCAGCAUGACAGGAGGCAACUGGAAGUGGGGAACAGCAUGACAAAUGUGUGCCUGCAAUUCAGCCCAAGACUGCGUCGCGUGGCCUUCUAGCAAUACCAGCCGACUUGUGUACUCAAAUACAGCAUCACGCAUUCCGUUUUCGAUAUGGGGAGGGGGGAUUUUUCUUCACAAUAGCGGGAGUACUUGAUUCCCAUCAUCAACUGGGCGAAAGAGCAGGAGUGGUACAACACCUUCGAUGCGGUGAGGAACACGACGAACGGUUUGAAGUUCGUUAUCCCUUUUGCCAUGGACAAGGGCCGGGUCGACUACCCCAUCGCGUCCAAAGCGAGCGCCGAGUGGCACGCCGUAACGACGGUGGGGGAUAAAAACUGGCUGCGGAGCGAAGCCGGGCAGAAACUGCUGUUUCUCAAGGCAGCUGCAGCUUCCACGACUUCUUCACGACGGCGCGUAGACGAAGAUUCCUUUCCCGGUGUUGAGCUCGCGUCACUGUCCGCCGAUGAACAAGUGGAUACCGUUGCAUCUUCCCAAACCAUUGAACACCCAGAGUUGCGGAAGGUAGUGGAGACCGAAACGACCGAAGUAGAACGUGGCAACAUCAACGUCGACGAUUCUGAUCCGCUCGAAGAGGCGAUUAAAACCAGCACCCAAACGGUCGAGAAGCUGCAGCAGAAACACGAUGAAAAGUCGGAGGACUAUUGGAACACAAACGAGUGGAUCGACCCGGUUUUCCACUAUCACGAAGAGAAAAAAAUUUUGCGAUUUCUGUUGCAAGAACGGAAGAGGAGAAGAGAGACUAAAGGAGUUGCCGUUCACCAGGACCACGUCGAGCCGCAGCAACUCCCCUUCGACCCUUGUUUUAACCAGACCUCGGUGUCGAAGCGGCCUUUCCUCUACUACGAGCAGGACGUUGUUGUCCCGGUGCCAACCGCGUUCUACUUCACGGAAGAAGCAAAGGCGACAGAAAAUAGUAUGCAGUGCAAAAGUCUCGUACUCGUACUAGUUGCGUUUUUAUUCAUUACAAAUCUUUUGCUUAAGGCAAAUCCGCAUUACAAAUUUAAUCUGUAUUAAUGCUAAGUCAAUUUGUGAUGCAAUUUAUACUAGUACGAUGCUUUUGCAAUGCAUAAAUAGAAGCCGGCUUCUCUUCCUCGCCGCCAGCGUGAACAGCUGCACACGACUAUGAAAAGGAAAAAUCCCCCCUCCCCAUAUCAAAAAGGAAAUCUGUGAUGCUGGAUUUGCGUACACAAAUCAGAUUUGUAUUGCAGGAAGGCACUGCGACCAGAUCCCCAGGCUAGCUAGGGGCGUAUGGGUCUAGUUGUUCAGCAUUGCAAACGGCUGACCUUUAGGCCCAACAGCAUGCCAAAUCGCUUUUCUAUAAUGCGGCGGAAGCGUCUGCGUUUGUCCUCUAUGCAAGACAAAUGCGAUUUGUGACCUCAAAUCAGCAACGCAAAUUUUCGGAAAGAUGCCUUUUCGAUAUAAUGGGAGGGGGGAUUUUUCCUCUCAAUAACGACGGCUGGUGAAGGACGUUGCGAAGGUACUGUUUGAACAGGAUUCCGACGUCCUCGUCUUGGAUAAAACGGUGGAGCGGCAUGUUUGGCAGAACUACAUGUACGAGACUAAGUACUGUCUGGUUCCUGACGGCUUCAGCUCGGUGUCCGCGCGAUUGUACGAGGUGAUUCUCCACGGCUGCGUCCCGGUUCUCGUCACCGACGCGUUCCACGGCGCGUUCGAAAAUUCCCUCCCCUGGUAUGAGAGUGCACAACUCCCCCUCCUCCUCAUUUGUCAUGCAAAAUACCAAAUCCAAGCGGUACUGCGUGGUACUGUUUGCAUGACAGAUUCCGGAAGCUGCCCAAGAAACAGUACUACACGAACCGCAUGAACUUGUCAUGCUUAGGCUCCACAGGUGGGGGCGUCUGUACUCCUGUUCAUGCAAUACAAAUGAGAACGAGGGGGACGAGUUGUGCACUGUUAUACGUGGAAAGACUUCGCGGUCUUCAUCAAUCGGGUGGAUCUGCCGUUUAUCCUGUGCAAAAGUAUCGCACUCGUAUUGCAGUCAUGCAUUACAAAUUUUUUUCUCAAGGUAAAUACGCAUUACAAAUUUUAUCUCUCAUGCUGAGGGAAUUUGUCAUGCAUUUAUACGAGUACGACAGGACACUUUUGCAGUUCAUACCGUUUUUGCCGAAACUGCUGAGGGAGGAGAUCUCAGUAUCCUGAGUAAAAAUGUCCCCACACCAGAGUUGUCAUGCAAAUCUGCAUGCCAAAAAAGUUUCUCAUGCGAAGCCCCAUAAGAACCAUUUUCUUAUCCUGGUGUAAUGCUAGAAUCAGCAUGAUAUGCUAGAUCUGUGAUGCUUCGGAACUAGCUAAACAGGAUUACACUAGAAGGAUAAAUUUGUCAUGCGAAACCACCAGAGGUGGCGGAUUUGUCUAGCGGAUUCCCCAUCUUGACUCUGGGGUGGGGACGUUUUUGCUCAGGAUACUCAGAGGAAGAGUACUUGGAAAAGCACAGAAUCAUCACGAAGAUUCACCCGUAUCUGCAUGAAGAGACCGGGUUUUUCUGGCAGGCGUUGUUCAAAGAGUUGCAACUGAAGAAAAGGACUGUUGUGAAAAAAAGAACUAUGUCUACGCGAAUCUUCACGUCGAGAAAUAAAUAUUCUGCUCUUGAAACAGUCGUAGAUCAGGACGAAGAUCAUGUAGUUGAGACUGCUCAUGGUCCUCCUCUCGAGGAAAAGCAAACCGAAUUUUUCAAUUAGCAGGUAGUACAACAGGCGGCACUGCGUUCGGUCUACUGCGCCGGGUGCUGCACAGCAGCCUGCGGC